AUGUUUGAAUUUUUUAGCUUUCCCAUUAUAUACCUUAUUUACUUAAAAACAGAGCAAAAACAAACAAAAAAACAAACGAUAAUUAAUUACAGCAAAUAUGAAAUCUUUGUAAACUAAAAACAUAACAAAUUUUUUUAAAGAAAUAUAAAGAUAGAUAGAUAGCAUGCAUAUCCUAAGAUAGUAACUCUAGGCAUAGUAUUUUUAAAUAAACAAGAAAAAGGGAGUUCUAUUAUGCUUCAAUAAAAUUUGAUUAGAAAAACUAGUAAAAACUAGUCUUAAUAAAUAAAAUAAUAAAAUUUACUCAUUAUAAAGCUUUAGUAUCGAAUAUUAUACAUAAAAGUUAUUGAAGUGGCUACUAACAAAAAAUUCAAAUGUUUUAUUCUGAAAUUUAUAAGAAAAUAAAUCUGA